AAUCAGUGCGCGAUAACAGUUUUUAUGCGCUUGGAUUUUUGGUACUAAUGUGACGUCAUAUGAGAACGCCUAAAAUGCGUCGAAUAUAUCGUGUAGUAUUCUCGCCACACCAACAGGUGGCAGUAUAGUAUUGUGGACUCACCGCCACCGAACAAAACAGGAAGAAGGGGAAAAAAUGGCGAUAGGUGUAAAAGAUGUUAUUGUGGUCAUUAUGGUUCUUUGUUCCAAAAAAUUGUGUACGCGUACACAUAUAAGUCGUUUAAUAGUGUAAACAUGAUUAAUCCCUAUUACAUUAGUCUGAGUGCACUUUGACGCUUAUCGGGCUUAAGCUAGUUUAGCUUGCUAGUUAGCUUAGCUUGUUAGCUGCUAAUAAAGACGGGCGGAAGUGAUGAAAACACAUCGCUAAGCAGAGAUCUAGUGUGAGUGUAAAGUGAAAAAUGUGCGAAAGAAGGAGAGCAGAGUACGAGGAGGAACUUUGUCCAACAAAAGAGGAGAAGGAGCGACAAAGUCAACUACUGGACGCUGUUUUCAAGAAACAUCAAGUUGUGUCACACAAAACAGACGUCCAGCAGCCCCCCCACAUUAAAGAGGAAGAGGACGAAGUGUGGAUCACCCAGGUGGGACCGUGUCUUCUAGGGCAGGAGGAGGCUGAUUUCACCAAGUUUCCACUGACUGUUGUCUCUGUGAAGACUGAAGAGCAUGAAGACAAACCACCUGAGUCCUCAAAGCUUCAUCACAGUCCAGAACGUUGUCAACAGGAGCGGAUCUUCAGGAUGGAGCAGGAGGAGCCCUCCCUCUUGAAAGAGGAAGAUGAGGCACCGUGCUUUAAAAAGGAAGAGGAGCACUUACUGGCCGCCGACAUUAAAGAGGAGGAGGAGGAACGCAGCAUCAGUCAGGAGGGAGAGCAGCUUGAAUGGUUGGAGGAGUACCCAGUAACUGGUGUCCCUGUGAAGAGUGAAGAUGGUGAGGUCAAAGGUGAAAGUGAGGAGCAGAGAGAGGCGGAGCCUCCAAGCAGCAGCUCAACAGAAGCUGAUGGAGACCACUGUGGAGGAUCACAAGCAGACAAGCUCUUAGCUCCACUAUCAGAUAGUGAGGACACAACGUCACACCCUCCUGACACUGAUGAUGAAGACUCUAAAGAUGAUAAGACAUGUCACGCUGACAACACACACUUCACGUGCUCCCUCUGCGACAAAACUUUUCCUCACCAUUGUCGUCUGGAAGCACACAUUAGAACACACACUGGAGAAAAACCCUUUUCUUGUUCGAUCUGCGGUGAAGGUUGUACUCAAAAGCACAUUUUGAAAACACACGCGGGAGUAAAACAUUGCAUCUGCUCAGUUUGUGGCAAAAGUUUCGCACGGAGUCAACAUUUGAAAGUACACAUGAGAACACACACCGGAGAAAAACCUUUUACCUGCUCAGAAUGCGGUAAAUGUUUUUCACGCAAAUAUAGGUUGAAAGAACACAUGAGAAUACACACCGGAGAAAACCCUUAUACCUGUUCGAUCUGCGGAAAAGGUUUUGUAACAAGUACAAAUUUAAAAGUGCACACGAGAAUGCACACCAGAGAAACACCAUUUUCUUGCUCAAUCUGUGGUAAAUGUUUCGUAACCAGCACGCAUUUCAAAGUCCACAUGAGAAUGCACACCAGAGAAAACCCUUUCACCUGCUCAAUCUGUGGUAAAGGUUUUUUACAGAGUAACGAUUUGAAAAGACACGCGAGAACACACACUGGUGAAAAACCCUUUACCUGUUCAGUCUGUGGUAAAUAUUUUGUCCAGAGUCAGUACUUGAAAGUGCACAUGAGGAUACACACCGGUGUAAAACCUUUUUCUUGUUCAAUCUGCGGUAAAGAUUUUUCACAGAGACAAUGUUUGAAAAGACACACGAGAAGACACACCGGGGAGAAAGUGUUGAGUUGCAGUGUGUGUGGUGAACGAUUCUCUUAUAAGUACCAGUGUAAGAAACACAAGUGUGCUGGUGAGAACAGCAGCAGCAAAUGAAAUAAACUGUCAAAACUUU